UCCUCCAGUCUCCAUCAAAUACACAUUAUCAACAAUGGAGAAACUGCUAGUGAACAUCUCAUAUCCUGUUACUCUCUCUAGUUUUCAAUUCUAUUUUCAGGCCCUGCAAAAAUUUCUCUUUCCAAAAGCAGCAGGCACCAAGAAAAGUUGCGACCCUGAUGAGAAACUAAACCAAGAAGAGCUGAAAAUUGUGAUGGAACAGCUUGGAGUUGGCCAUGACAGUGACGAUGAGGAGCUUCUGCAUCAAGAACAGAUGUUAUUAGGAGCAGAAGAGUUCUCGAGAUUGUUCGAGGAAGAAGAGCCGAGCUUGGAGGAGUUGAAGGAAGCAUUUGAUGUGUUUGAUGAGAACAAUGAUGGAUACAUUGAUGCAAAAGAUUUACAGAGAGUUCUAUGUGGUCUGGGUUUUAAGGAAGGGAAACAAUUGGAGGAUUGUAAGAGAAUGAUCCAUGCAGUUCUUGGAGGAGAUAAUGGGUUUGGAAGGGUUCGAUUUAUUGAUUUUUUGAGAUUUAUGGACAAGUGUUUUUCAUGAAAAUUCUCAAUCAUAAUUAUUAUAGUUUUGUUAUAGGAGCAUAUAACAAUUAAAAGGGGAGGAAAUUAGGAAGAGAAGAGAGCAGGCAAUUUUCCAAACAGCAAGCAUCCAUGUGGGUGGUUGUGUUGAGUUUGCAGAAUAAGAUUCUGCUGAUGAGAAGAAGAUGUUUCAACAGUUCCCUUCAUGAAUGCAUCAUUUGGAAUUCCAAGUGUUGCAGCUGUUUCCCUUCUGUUUGUAGAAUUUUUGCAGGCCCUUGAGAAAGGGAUGUUUUCAUUUAAAGCUUUGAUUUAGUUUCUCUUUGUUACUCUACCAAGAACACAUGUAUUUAAUAAAAAGAAUUUGCUUUUCUCUUC